AUGGACCUGGGUGACACGUUCUCGUGCGUGCUCUGCUCCUGCUGGCCCUGCUGCUGGCAGCGGCCCCCCCUCGCCAGGAGUGGCCAAGGAGCUCUGCCCAGAGCCCUGCCACUGCCCACAGCCUGGGCAGCUGGACUGCCGGCACUCCGGCCUGGCCACCGUUGCCCCCGGCCAGCCGCCACCACGCCCUCACGACAGGCCCCCAUUCCUUUGUGUGACCUCCUCUUUCCCCAGAAACCUCUCUGGGAAUGGCCUCACGCAGAUCCGCAGCGGCACUUUCCAGGCCUGGCACGGGAUGCAGUUUCUCCAGGAGGUGUAAGUGGCCCCAGGGCUAAAGAAAGGCAUGGCAGGGCGAGUCUCUGCAGGCUCUCUGCAGGGUCAGUAGGCAAGAGCAGCUGUGCCCUCUGGAAAGCCCUGACUGUGCCUGUGGAUGUCAGCCAGGGAGCAGCAGGAGCGUGCAGCUGGAAGGGCCCUUUCCCCUGCCCUGCUCAUCUCCUGCACGGCUUCCUUGACACCGGCCAGGCCAUCGCCACGUGCCCGGCACACCCAGCUCCCGUCCCUGCCAUCAGCCCUGACAGAGCUCUCUUGUUCCUCAGGAUCCUCAGCCACAACCCGCUGGCUGUCAUUGCUGACGCUGCCUUCUUCAAGCUGCCCUCGGUGAUGUCUCUAGACCUGAGUGCCACCCAAGUGACUCCGCAGACGCUGCUGCUGCUCCUGCAGACCACGUUGAGCUUGGAAACCCUCCAAGUGCCCAGGGAAGUGGCCUGCUGCCUGUGCAAGGAGAGUCCCUUCACCGAGAGCCCGUGCAGGAGCAUCCUGUUCCCCUGCAAGAAGCUGUGCAGCACCAGCGCCCCGCAGUGCGCUCAAAGAAGUCUGGUACAGACACGGGGAGAAACACUGGACAUGGAACAGCCCAGAACGCUGAGCACCAGCCCAAUGUUGAACCUCAAGCCCAAGGAGCCUUCACUGGGAGAUGACAGAACUGCAACACUUGUGAUUGCCUGA